CCGAGCCGGAUUUUGUUUUGUUUUUGGGAACGUGCGGAAAUUCGCGUUUUGUGCUUCGUUUAACGAUGGCGUAUGUGUGCCAGCUCUAGAGUACUGAAGAAUUACAAAACUACCUUCCGAUAACGAACGCGGGGAAGCAUUUCGUCCGCGAAAAGCAUACGCGCUUAGUGAGCAGGAUGGAGGUUGAUAUGAUCCAGAAACCGGCCCUGGCGGUCGACCCACCCGACGAAAACUUUGAUCCGGAUCAGACACCGGAAACGGGGGAACAGUAUCUGCAAAAGGUGAUGUACGAACGCGGCCAGUGCCCGAUGGUGAUGGUGGCAGCUAAACCACAAUCUUGCGGCGUAGAGAAAACGCUCUCCGGGAUGGCCGCACUGCCGCUGGAUCCGGUGAAAAAUUCGGCACACCAAGCAUUGAUGCCGACCAAGGAGUGGGAAUCGAUGCAGAACAAAAAGUUUUCGGAACUGCGCGAUACAAUCACGGCGUACCGCGUCAGCCCGCAGUACGAUGAGAACCUACAGCGCACGCACGUUUUUCUCAACUUCGAAGACCGGAAGCAACUGCACGAAUACUGCGCCAACAAUCUGCCGUACGUUCGCAUUCUGCUCAGCAUACCGCAACGCAACCUGGAGAUUCUGCUCGAGUAUCUGCACGAGUGGCUGCAAGAGUCCGAACUGGCGGCGGAAGGCAAUCGAUCGGUCACUUCGCAACAGGACGAACCGUCGUCUGACCAAGACCUGGUCGGUGAUGCCACCAGCUCGGUGACGACCACGGCCACGAAACAAGCACAACGGGGCCCCCGAAAAGAUUGGAUCACUCAAUGGAUCUACGCCAUUCUGUCCUGUUUGAUAAAGCCCCUCGAACCGUACAUACACAGCGUACUGCGCGAUAUUGCGAAAACCUGCAUUACGGUGCGCAACGAGCUACGCCAGGAGGACGAAACGAAAGUACUGCCGCUCAAUCUGCUGAUUAGCAUUAUUUCGAAGAACUUUAAUCAAUCCGAUCUGGCCGACAACGUUGUCUGAGCGGUCCCAUCGGGAAAUGGUGCGGAAACGUGAUUUUUCCUUUAUAAACGCUACUUUAUACAUAAA